AUGGCUUCUCCACAAAUGAAAGCACCCACACUUUCCAUUUUGUUGACAUUUCUUUUUUGCAUUUGUGGAAGCUUUGUCUCUGGUGAAUACGCCAACUUUGAGAAAUUAGUAUUGCCUGAGGGUGUCAUCGGCCCUGGGGCAGUCACAUUCGGGGGACUUCUCGCCCCAGGGCCCUUCAUAACCGUGACUGAUGGUAGGAUUAUGAAAUGGGCGGGUCCCACCAUCGGUUUUGUGGAUUUCGCAUAUACUUCACCAACAAGGACAAAGCAAUUUUGUGAUGGAACAACAGAUCCCGAGAAAGGGCCAAUAUGCGGACGGCCAAUGGGUCUUAGCUUUCACCCUGUGACCGGGCUUCUAUACGUAACGGACGCGUAUUUUGGACUUUUGGUUGUGGGCCCACUUGGCGGGCUUGCAACUAAACUUGCCGGAGGGUUUAAGUUUGCUAAUGGCAUUGACAUUGACUUGUUGACCGGCCAUGUUUAUUUCAGCGAUGCUAGUUUGACUUAUACUCCUAAAGAUGCUGUAAAGCCAGGAUUUAUACCGGAUUCGAGCGGGAGGUUAUUGCGCUACGAGUCGCUUACCGGAAAAUUAACGGUUUUGCUGAGCGGUCUGUCGGGGGGUGGUGGUCCGGUGGUGAGCGGUGAUGGUAAAUUUUUACUUGUAUCCGAGAUUAAUAGUUUCCGGAUUUCAAAAUACUGGCUGGUGGGGCCCAAAGAAAAUACGGUUGAAGUUUUGCUAAAUACAAAUGGGAGUCCAAAUAAGAUAAAGCGGGGGGAAAAACCGGAAGAGUUUUGGGUGUCAACUUCAAGAAUUGGAUACGUACCACCAAAGGCUGUUAUCAUUCCUGAAGGGGUGCGGUUUAAUUCAACUGGGUAUGUGCUGCAAACGGUUCCAUUUGUUACUCAAUACUCUAAUAACGUAACUAGUUUGGUUCAAGAAAAGUAUGGAAAACUCUAUGUGGGCUCUCUUUUCACCAAUUUCGUAGGUGUCUACUCUAAUUAAUUAGACAACUGUUGUACUACCAAAUAAUUGAUAAUAAAAUAAAAACGCAAC